GCUUCCCCGCGCCGGGCUGAACCUGAGCAGAGAGUUUCUGAGGGCAGUGCGGGCGCAGGAAGCGGAGUGAGGCUGCAGUGCGAUGAAGCAGCGGCUCAGCGAGCGGAGACAGGCGGUGUGGCUAGACGAGCCGGCCCAGGGCCCGCGCUGCUGUUCCCUAGGCUGCUGAGGCGCGGAGAGCCGCGGCCGGCGCGGAGAGCGGCGGGCGAGAGUGAGGAGAGGGAUCGGAGCGCGAGGGAAGCCGGCUCGGCUGCCGGCGGCUCUGGUGGGCCUCCCCGAUCGGGGUCCCCUGGGUGGAACCAUGUGGGUGGCCAAGUGGCUGACUGGGCUGCUCUACCAUCUCUCGCUCUUCAUCACCAGGUCUUGGGAAGUUCACUUCCACCCCAGGCAAGAAGCCCUGGUGAGGACACUGACCUCCUAUGAAGUAGUGAUCCCCGAGCGGGUCAAUGAGUUUGGAGAAGUGUUCCCUCAGAGCCACCACUUCAGCCGGCAGAAACGCAGCUCCGAGGCGCUGGAACCCAUGCCGUUCAGAACCCACUAUCGCUUCACUGCCUAUCGGCAGCUCUUUCAGCUGAACCUGACCGCCGAUGCAUCCUUUCUGGCCGCCGGCUACACCGAGGUGCACUUGGGAACCCCGGAGCGCGGGGCCUGGGAGAGCGACGCAGGGCCCUCAGACCUGCGCCACUGCUUCUACCGCGGCCAGGUCAACUCACAGGAGGAUUACAAGGCCGUCGUCAGCUUAUGCGGAGGCCUGACAGGAACAUUUAAAGGACAGGAUGGUGAAUAUUUCUUAGAACCUAUAAUGAAGGCAGAUGGGAAUGAAUAUGAAGAUGGUCACAACAAGCCACAUCUUAUAUAUAGACAAGAAUUAAAUAACUCUUUGCUGCAGACUCUGAAGUAUUGCAAUGUGUCAGAAAGUCAAAUAAAGGAAACCAGUUUACCCUUUCAUACCUACGGCAACAUGAAUGAAGAUCUUAAUGUAAUGAAAGAAAGAGUUUUAGGACACACAUCAAAAAAUGUACCAUUGAAAGAUGAAAGAAGUCAAUUACAUUCCAGGAAAAAACGUCUUAUAUCAUAUCCAAGAUACGUUGAAAUUAUGGUUACAGCUGAUGCUAAAGUGGUUUCUGCUCAUGGAUCGAAUUUGCAAAACUAUAUACUGACUCUAAUGUCAAUUGUUGCAACAAUCUACAAAGAUCCAAGUAUUGGAAAUUUUAUACACAUAGUAGUGGUAAAAUUAGUUAUGAUUCACAGCGAGGAGGAAGGACCAGUCAUUAAUUUUGAUGGUGCUACCACAUUAAAGAACUUUUGUUCAUGGCAACAAUCUCAGAACGACCUUGAUGAUGUUCACCCUUCCCACCAUGACGCUGCUGUUCUUAUCACUAGGGAAGACAUUUGUUCAUCUAAAGAGAAAUGUAACAUGUUAGGUUUAUCAUACUUAGGUACCAUAUGUGAUCCUUUACAAAGCUGCUUUAUUAAUGAAGAAAAAGGACUCAUUUCUGCUUUUACUAUAGCCCAUGAGCUUGGGCACACACUUGGUGUUCAACAUGAUGAUAGUCCUAGAUGUAAAGAAAUGAAAGUUACACAGUAUCAUGUAAUGGCCCCUGCUUUAAGUUUCCACAUGAGUCCUUGGAGCUGGUCAAACUGUAGUCGGAAAUGUAUUACUGAAUUCCUAGAUAUUGGUUAUGGGGAAUGUCUUCUUGACAAACCAGAUGAAGAAAUAUAUAAUCUGCCUUCAGAACUUCCUGGAUCACAAUACGAUGGAAACAAGCAGUGUGAGCUUGCAUUUGGUCCUGGGUCACAAAUGUGUCCCCAUAUAAAUAUAUGCAUGAAUCUGUGGUGCACAAGUGCAGAAAAGCUUCACAAAGGCUGUUUCACUCAACACGUGCCACCAGCAGAUGGAACAGACUGCGGUCCUGGAAUGCAUUGCCGUCGUGGGCUAUGUGUAAACAAAGAAAUGGAAACACAUCCUGUAAAUGGUGAAUGGGGACCAUGGGAACCUUACAGUUCUUGUUCAAGAACAUGUGGAGGCGGAAUAGAAAGCGCAACCAGGCACUGUAAUCAUCCUGAGCCAAGAAACGGAGGAAAUUACUGUGUGGGCCGCAGGAUGAAAUUUCGAUCAUGUAGUACUGAUUCAUGUCCAAAAGGCACACAAGACUUUCGAGAGAAGCAGUGCUCUGAUUUUAAUGGUAAACAUUUGGACAUCAGUGGCAUUCCCUCUAAUGUGAGGUGGCUUCCAAGAUACAGUGGCAUUGGCACAAAAGAUCGUUGUAAACUCUAUUGUCAGGCUGCUGGGACCAAUGAUUUCUACCUAUUGAAGGAUAUGGUUGAAGAUGGUACUCCUUGUGGAACUGAAACUUAUGACAUCUGUGUUCAAGGCCAGUGUAUGGCAGCUGGUUGUGAUCACGUGUUAAACUCCAGUGCCAAGAUAGACAAAUGUGGAGUGUGUGGUGGGGACAACUCUUCAUGCAAGACAAUAAUAGGUGUCUUCAACAGUUCUCAUUAUGGUUAUAAUGUUGUUGUAAAGAUUCCCGCAGGAGCAACAAACGUUGACAUUCGUCAGUACAGCUAUUCUGGACAACCAGAUGACAGUUACCUUGCAUUAUCUGAUGCUGAAGGGAAUUUUCUUUUCAAUGGAAAUUUUCUUCUAAGUACAUCAAAAAAAGAAAUCAAUGUGCAAGGAACAAGAACUGUUAUUGAAUACAGUGGAUCAAAUAACACAGUUGAAAGAAUUAAUAGUACUAAUCGACAAGAGAAAGAACUUAUUUUGCAGGUGUUGUGUGUGGGUAAUUUAUACAACCCUGAUGUACAUUAUUCCUUCAAUAUCCCUUUGGAAGAGAGGAGUGACGUGUUCACAUGGGACCCCUAUGGACCAUGGGAAGGCUGUACCAAAAUGUGUCAAGGUCUUCAGCGAAGAAAAAUAACUUGCAUACAUAAGAGUGAUCAUAGUGUUGUGUCUGAUAAAAAAUGUGACCACUUGCCACUUCCAUCAUUUGUUACUCAAAGUUGCAAUACAGACUGUGAACUAAGGUGGCAUGUUAUUGGCAAAAGUGAAUGUUCAUCCCAGUGUGGUCAAGGAUAUAGAACCUUGGACAUCCAUUGCAUGAAGUAUUCCAUUCAUAAAGGACAGACUGUUCAAGUUGAUGACCACUACUGUGGUGACCAGCUUAAACCUCCUACCCGAGAAUUAUGCCAUGGUAACUGUGUCUUCACAAGAUGGCAUUAUUCAGAAUGGUCUCAGUGUUCCAGGAGUUGUGGAGGAGGGGAAAGGUCUCGAGAAUCUUAUUGUAUGAAUAACUUUGGCCAUCGUCUUGCUGACAAUGAAUGCCAAGAACUGUCCCGAGUGACGAGAGAGAAUUGCAAUGAAUUUUCCUGUCCCAGUUGGGCUGCUAGUGAAUGGAGUGAGUGCCUUGUUACAUGUGGUAAAGGAACAAAGCAGCGGCAGGUAUGGUGUCAGCUGAAUGUAGAUCACUUGAGUGAUGGCUUCUGUAAUUCAAGUACCAAACCUGAAUCUCUGAGUCCAUGUGAACUUCAUACAUGUGCUUCCUGGCAAGUAGGACCAUGGGGUCCUUGCACAACCACAUGUGGACAUGGGUAUCAGAUGAGAGAUGUUAAAUGUGUCAAUGAGCUACUUAGUGCGGUGUUAGAGGACACAGAAUGCCAUGAAGCUAGUCGCCCCAGUGACAGACAGAACUGUGUACUUACACCUUGCUCAUUUAUUUCUAAACUUGAGACCGCUUCAUUAUCAACUGUUCUCAUAAAAAAGAUGGCAAAAUGGCGACAUGGUUCUUGGACCCCAUGCUCCGUAUCUUGUGGAAGAGGUACUCAAGCCCGCUAUGUAAGCUGUCGUGAUGCUCUUGAUAGAAUAGCAGAUGAAUCAUAUUGUGCCCACUUACCCCGACCUGCUGAAAUAUGGGACUGUUUUACCCCUUGUGGAGAGUGGCAAGCAGGGGAUUGGUCACCCUGUUCAGCUUCCUGUGGCCGUGGAAAAACAACUAGACAAGUUUUAUGCACGAACUACCAUCAGCCAAUUGACGAGAAUUACUGUGAUCCUGAAGUUCGCCCUUUGAUGGAACAGGAAUGUAGCCUGGCAGCCUGCCCUCCUGCACACAGCCACUUUCCUAGUUCCCCUGUGCAGCCAAGCUAUUAUCUAAGCACGAAUUUGCCAUUAACUCACAAACUUGAAGAUAAUGAAAAUCAGGUGGUCCAUCCAUCAGUCAGAGGAAACCAGUGGAGAACCGGACCAUGGGGAUCAUGCUCUAGCAGUUGUUCUGGAGGUCUUCAGCGUAGAGCUGUGGUCUGCCAGGAUGAAAAUGGACAAAGUGCUGGUUACUGCAAUGCAGCCUCCAAGCCUCCAGAGGUACAGCACUGUGGUUCAGGGCCUUGUCCACAGUGGAACUACGGAAAUUGGGGAGAAUGUUCACAAACAUGUGGAGGAGGAAUAAAAUCAAGACUUGUAAUAUGUCAAUUUCCCAAUGGCCAAAUAUUAGAAGAUCGCAACUGUGAAAUCGUAAACAAGCCACCUAGUGUAAUACAGUGUCAUAUGCAUGCUUGCCCUGCUGAUGUGUCAUGGCAUCAGGAACCGUGGACAUUGUGCUCAGCUUCUUGUGGUAAAGGUAGAAAGUACCGUGAAGUGUUUUGCAUCGACCAAUUCCAAAGGAAAUUAGAAGACACAAAUUGCAGUCAAGUACAGAAACCUCCAACUCACAAAGCCUGUAGAUCCGUCAGAUGCCCUUCAUGGAAAGCCAAUAGCUGGAAUGAGUGCUCUGUGACCUGUGGCUCUGGAGUUCAGCAGAGGGAUGUAUACUGCAGACUGAAAGGUGUUGGUCAGGUGGUUGAAGAAAUGUGUGAUCAGUCCACCCGACCUCGUUCUCAGAGGCAAUGUUGGAGUCAGGACUGUGUGCAGCACAAGGGGGUGGAAAGAGAGAGGCUGAAUUGUUCAACAUCAUGUGAGAGAAAAGAUUCACAUCAACGAACGGAGUGCACAGAUAACCAAAUCAGACAAGUGAAUGAAAUAGUCUGUAAUUCUUCAACCAUAUCUCUUACAUCCAAGAAUUGCAAGAACCCUCCUUGCAAUUACAUUGUGGUAACAGCAGACUCAUCACAGUGUGCAAACAACUGUGGAUUUAGUUACAGACAAAGGAUUACAUAUUGCACUGAGAUCCCAGCUACUAAGAAACAUAAGCUCCAUCGACUUCGGCCUGUAGUCUAUCAAGAAUGCCCUGUGGUGCCUUCCUCUCAGGUUUACAAAUGCAUUAACAGCUGUUUGCAUUUGGCCACUUGGAAAGUUGGAAAAUGGAGCAAGUGCUCAGUGACUUGUGGAAUUGGGAUAAUGAAGAGACAAGUGAAAUGCAUUACCAAACAUGGUUUGUCCAGUGACUUAUGUUUAAACCAUUUAAAACCAGGUGCUCAAAAGAAAUGUUAUGCCAAUGACUGUAAAUCAUUUACCACCUGCAAAGAAAUUCAAGUGAAAAACCACAUUAGAAAGGAUGGUGACUAUUACCUUAACAUUAAGGGAAGAAUAAUAAAGAUUUAUUGUGCAGACAUGUACUUGGAGAACCCUAAGGAAUAUUUAACACUGGUCCAAGGUGAAGAAAACUUUUCUGAAGUGUAUGCCUUUAGACUAAAAAAUCCAUAUCAAUGUCCUUUUAAUGGAAGUAGGAGGGAAGACUGUGAAUGUGACAAUGGACACUUAGCUGCUGGAUACACGGUUUUCAGCAAAAUAAGAAUUGAUCUCACUUCCAUGCAAAUUAGAACUACGGACCUUCUUUUUUCCAAAACAAUAUUUGGAAAUGCAGUUCCAUUUGCCACAGCUGGAGAUUGCUACAGUGCUUUCAGAUGCCCACAGGGACAGUUUAGCAUUAAUUUGGUAGGAACUGGGAUGAAGAUAUCCAGCACAGCAAAGUGGCUCGCUCAGGGGAGUUAUACCUCUGUCAGCAUACGAAGAUCAGAGGAUGGAACCAGAAUUUUCGGCAAGUGUGGAGGAUACUGUGGAAAGUGUCUUCCUCGCAUGACUACUGGUCUCCCAAUUCAAGUCAUAUGAACAUUUAGAAGGGGGAAGUAUGCCCUAAAGAGGAGAUAUUCUCUGGAACAUUCAAAUAACUGGUGCUCAUUUCUUUAUUUCUCCCUUCCUGAGAUUUCCAUGUCCAAUAUGUCUCUGCCUUUUUUUCAGGGUGCUCAUCAGGGAUUCAAAUCACUGCUUAAUAAGGUCUAUAAAAGAAAUUUAAGAGCUGUCUUAAUUUAUUUUAUAUCUAAUCAGGAUAUUUUUUAAAGAACAUAAUAAUUUAUAAUAGAGAAUACCAGGAUUGAAUGAAUUAUACCAAGACAGUGUUGCUCUUAACAUCUUGGCCUGGACCACACUUAUUUUAUACCUAUAAACACACAUG